AUUGCAGUUUUGUUAGUAUAUCUCCGGAAUAUUGACGGCAUGUAUCGAUCAUUCUGAGGUUUUACCGCAUUUAAAAUAUGGGCAAUAGGUUGGAUAAGUUGAAAACAGAUACAACAAAUGCUGGGAAUAAUUUAGCAUCUAGGAUUAACUUAAAAUUUUCGAGAAAAACGAGAGAAGAAGUGGAAGCAAAAGAAAACGAAGCGCCAGACGAGGAAGAGGCAAAGAAAGAAACUUUGGUUACACAAACUCCACCAGCGCAGGCCAAACAAACUGACACUGUCAGCGAUGAGGAUGAAGAACGGGUUGCCCACAUGCAGCAAACGAAAACUAAACGAACAAGACGAGGUGCUGUGUCAGCCGAGGUGUAUACAGAAGAGGAUGCAGCUACAUAUGUAAAAAAGGUUGUUCCCAAAGAUUAUAAAACUAUGGCUGCUCUUUCUAAAGCCAUUCAAAGAAAUGUAUUGUUCGCUCAUUUGGAUGAUACAGAGAGAAGUGAUAUAUUUGAUGCCAUGUUCCCAGUCAACAGACACUCUGAUGAAGUUAUUAUACAGCAAGGCGACGAUGGAGAUAACUUCUACAUUAUUGAUCAGGGUGAAGUUGAUAUUUAUGUUAAUGGUGAAUAUGUCAGUACAAUAGGGGAAGGUGCAAGUUUUGGAGAGUUAGCACUUAUUUACGGUACUCCUAGAGCUGCAACAGUUAAAGCAAAAAAUGAUGUUAAAUUAUGGGGAAUUGACAGAGAUUCCUAUCGACGUAUUCUUAUGGGCUCGACUAUCAGAAAGCGAAAAAUGUACGACGAAUUUCUGUCUAAGGUGUCUAUUUUAGAAAGUUUGGAUAAGUGGGAGAGAAUGACGAUUGCAGACGCGCUGGAAAAGAUUCAAUUUGAAGAUGGCCAAGAAAUCGUAAGGCAAGGCGAACCCGGUGAAGACUUUUUCAUCAUUACAGAAGGUCAAGCAAUUGUAUUGCAACGAAAAUCAGACAAUGAAGAGCCAAUUGAAGUUGGCCGAUUAGGUCCUAGCGAUUAUUUCGGCGAAAUUGCGCUUUUACUUGAUAGGCCAAGGGCAGCAACAGUAAUUGCUAAAGGGCAGUUAAAAUGCGUUCGUUUAGAUAGAUCCCGGUUCGAAAGAGUUCUGGGACCCUGUUCGGAUAUUCUGAAGAGAAAUAUAGCACAGUAUAAUAGCUAUGUUAGUUUGUCAGUUUGA